CAGUAUGUUCUGGCUGUCAAGUCCUGGCUUGUCCGCAGUUUCCGUAUCUGUAACCGACAUGGACACGUAAAAUCUAUCGUGAAUUACACCCCAUUGGCGGCUUGAUCCGGAUGACUGACUUCUCUGCUGGCUUUCGGAAGUAGCCACGGGUAUUUUGAGCGAAAGACAUAAUGAUGCGGUUCAUGCUGCUGUUCAGCCGCCAGGGGAAGCUUCGGCUGCAGAAAUGGUACAUGGCCACAGCUGAGAGGGAGAAAAAGAAGAUGGUGAGGGAGCUCAUGCAGAUCGUCCUGGCCCGAAAACCAAAGAUGUGCAGCUUCCUGGAGUGGAGAGACCUCAAGAUUGUCUACAAGAGGUAUGCCAGUUUGUAUUUCUGCUGUGCGAUAGAAGAACAGGACAAUGAGCUCAUCACGUUGGAGGUCAUCCAUCGCUUUGUGGAGCUCCUGGACAAGUACUUUGGCAGUGUGUGUGAACUAGACAUCAUCUUUAACUUUGAGAAGGCCUACUUCAUCCUGGAUGAGUUCCUGAUGGGAGGAGAGAUCCAGGACACCUCUAAGAAAAGUGUCCUCAAAGCCAUCGAGCAGUCAGAUCUACUACAGGAGGAGGAUGAGUCACCGCGCAGUGUGCUGGAGGAGAUGGGCCUGGCAUAAGGCCACAGCCUGGCUCCUGCUCACCCACGGUCAAGGCACUAAACCCAGACUCUAAGACCAGAAGAGACAGGAGCCACGUGGAGGUACUUCUCUGCUCCAGUGUGGUGAGAGAGGGAGCACUCUGAAUGUCUGUUGUCCUCAAAGGUUACACGUGCUACAAGUGACCACGAUCUGCAGACAAGGACAGGUCAGGAGGGGAGGACGACUACUACAUUUUAAAGGAAAUGUUUUACUAGUUAGGGAUGGGAAUUGGUACCAGUUAAAGGGCCUGUACCUAAUUUUUAUGUAUUCUUGUCAAGUGCUUUACAUCAUGCAUUGGUUGGUAAAAGCAGCUAAAUAAAACAACAUUGAAUAUCAUAAAAUAGAAUCUGUUCAUCUUAGUUGCAAGUGAAUAUAUUAUAUUAUAGUAAUAACUAAUGCAAUAAUAACAACUAAUACAGAGGCUACUGACUUUUUUUUAAUCCAAUCAGGAACAUUUUACAAAGAAUCAUGGGCUACCAACUGCAUGGCCAGACAGUUGUUUCCGUGUCAUGGUGCAAUAUCACAGUUUGAAAUCAGGUACAGGCCCUUUAUUUUUACCAUCAGAAUUGUGUGUGUACUAUAUUAAAGGUGCACUAUGUAUCUUUUCUGGUUGAAUCCUCCACCUACUUGUCUCAUUAAAGUGUUACUGCUUUUCCUGGAAUGUUCUACAGUAUGGGAUUAAAGUUGUAAACGUGUCUCUUGUAUUUAUUCAAUCCAGGUGUUUUUGUUGUAAAAAAAAAAAAAUUAAAAAAAAUCACCUGGUAAAACUUGCAUUUUUACUGUGAGUAUUGUGCGGAACAUUCCCGGCAAAGCUAUAACAUCUCCAUGGCAUCAAGAAGGUGGCAGAUCCUCCACCAGAAAUGUUACAUAGUGCAUGUUUAAAGAGGACAUAUUAUGCUUUUCUGAAAUAAUCUUUUUUUUAUUUUUAUUUUUUUUUUACAUUUGUUCACUGCAAACUUAACAAUAAUAUAAACAUGUUCAAAACUGCAGAACUGAUAGGCCAUUUAAUCAUAGAAAUCUGCAGAUUUUAAUUUAUGUUUUGAUUUUGAAAACAAUGGGAAAAAAUUAAUAAUGUCGGAAGCACUGAGAAUACAGGAGUAGGGAAAAACAUUAUAACUUGGAUAAAAAUGUCUUGAAGUUGAUUUAGCUAACUAUGUCCCUUUUUACUAUUAUUUUAAAUGUGCUUUAAUUUUCUUUUAAACAUAUAAAACGUUUUAAUCAAAGCCCAUUGUUGAUAUAUUUAUCAGUAAGUAAUUGGACAAUUUUAGUAUCAGAUCAUUAAUAAUAAUCAAUACAUGGUAUCAGUCCCCAUCCCUAUUACAUUAUUGUAAUGUUAUUAUUGCAAAAAAGCUUCACUCUUAGCUGCUGCUUGUACUUGGACAGUACAAAUUUGUACAGUGCUAAAAGGUGAGGCAAUACUCUAUGAACAUUCUUUAAACUAUAGGUUACUGAAGAUACAUUUUGCAUAGACAAUUUUGACAAUAUGAGAUAUAAAUGGAUCAGUAAAUAAUGAUUAUAUCUCAUCUGUUGUAAAGGGCCUUUAUUUUUGUCUGUUUUUGAGCUGUGAACUGUCUGUAUCUAAUUAUAAAGCGUUUUAUUGUCCCGAGAAUCAGGAAGUGCACUAUUAGCAUGUUAGUUGUUGUUAACAUUACCGUAACGAUCUAUCCUCUGAAAAGCGCUUAAACUCAUUGUGGUGAAUUAGGAUGUUCCGUAUGUGUUAGGAAAGAGAGUAAUAACUUUGGACCACAAACCAUUUACAAUAAACAGUUCUGGUUUUCAUAUUUUAAAGACACUAAAAUUCAGGUACAGCAUUUUAAACUAUGCUGAAAAACAGAACUAGUUUAUUUUAAAUUGUUUGUAGCUGAGUUUGGCCGUCAUAGUAAUGCUCACAGCAACUAACAUGCUAACAGCGCACCAGCCUCAUUUCCUGGUUAAAUGCAGACAACGUACGGCAGUCUCAUUUUGCCCAUAAGAGCUGUUUUUACUGGGGUGAGAAAAACGUUAUUUUAUUACAUAAAAAAAAAAAUCUGAUACAGCCCUUUUAAAUGUAUAUGCAUUUUUUACAUUUUAUUUCAUUUUUAUUUGGCUAAUUAAGUUCAUUGUGGUGUAAGUAGUUUGAGUGCAGGACUGGUCUGGUGGAUGCAUAAAUAUAUUUGUGUAUUUCCAUUUUGAGGACUUUUGUUCAAUAGAUAAUUUGUAUUAGAUAAAUAUAUUUUUAGUUUGUUUUGAAUUAGCCGUUAUAAUUAUGGCAACCCACCCCAUCCUUUAUCACUCUGGUAACCAUGGCUGUAAUGAAAUGUAAACUGUAUUCUGCCCACUCUAACCAAUUGAUUGUUUGACUAGUAACCUCUCUGGUUAAAACUGUAUGUUCAUAUAUUCUGAUUUUGAAAAGGUUUUGCGGAUUUAUGUAUUUAUUUAUUCUCAAAACCUUGCAUAACAUUGACAUACAAUUUUAGUCAUGAACACAACCUUUUUCGAUACAGUUAUAUCCUUGUUUCAGUCCUCCUUUAAUGUUUGGGAUUUGUCCUGUUGUAGAGUAUAGUCCAGGUUUAGUUCUGAAUUAGUCCUAGUUUUUUAGAUCUGCUUUUCUUCCAGUUUAGUUGUCCCAAUGAUACUGUGAUUUAGACAUAAUUCUUAGGACUUGUUUUGUAUCUACUUAACUUCUUGUUUAUUUAAGCUAUCUUUACCUAAAUAAUGGUUGUAUUUGCAAAUCAAAUAUACGUCUAGGGCGGUACUGACACAAAAAGUUUGAGUAUUUUGGAUAAAAUAUUUCAAAAGCCUUCAUCUAUGUUAUCCUGCUAUGUAACUCAUGAAUGUAAUCAGAUUUUUUCAUUUUAUAAGGCUGUGCUUUGGUGGAGGGUUCCGGGAGUCUCUUUUCAAUCACUUAUUUCCUACUACCUUUGUAACUUGAUCUAAUAAUGCACUUUUGAACUGUGGUUAAACCUCACAACAUUAAAAGCUGCACUAUGUAGCUUUUCCACAUUGAGAUUUGCUUUGCCUGCUGUAUUUCUUAUGGCUAUCUAUCCAUUCAUUCAAUUGCAGGUGUUUGUUGCUAAAAAAAAAUAAAUACUUGGCCGUCUGGCUGCAACUUAAGUUUAAAGAGAGCGCAUUAUGCAAAAUGUAUUUAUUUAUAUAUUUUUUGCAUUCUACCAUGCUAUAACAACAAAAACAUGCCUGAAGAGGUUUUAGAUGUCAUCCAUGUAUAUUUGAGUAAUGUAGCAAUCUCUCCCAGGCCCUAUUCGAAUCCUCCUCCCUAAGAUUUUGUGAAAUACUCAGCCCACAAGCCUAAGCCAUCCAUGCUCCCACAUGACAAUUCUCCAUAAAUAUACAGAAACAUGAAACAAAACUGUACACAGCAACUUGGCAAACCUGAUGUGAUGUGCAGUAGUUUCAUUAGUGGGAUGCACACUGCUUGUAAUGUGAUGUCACGCUGAAGGAGCAAAGGGAGAAGAGACUCCAUUCCAAGCAAACUAACAACACCUCCAUAGAAAGAAGCAGCUAGCGGACCCUCUAGAAAAGUUGCAUAGUGCACCUUUAAAAGCAGCACAUGGCAAAAAGCACCGGAAUAUAUUUGGUUAGCUUCCUUUAUCCUAUUAUAGAAUGUGAAAAUGAAAUUAUACCUUCACUCCUAAUUACUUCCAUCACUUGUUUUAAAUUGUAUACUGUAUCUCUUGCUCCUGCUUUUAAUUCAAUGUUGUUGAUCUAUGCUAUUUGAAUGACCACACCUGUAAUGCCUUCACAUUUUGGCCUUGUAUUUGUGUUUGUUAUCUGUGCGUUACAACACUUAAAGGUUCUGUACCUGAAAAAUGUGAAAAACAGAACUAGUUAAAGCAAACAACUAGCAUGGUAACCACGCACUUCCUGAUUAUUGGACAAUAACAUGCUAUAUAAUUAGAUGCAGACUGCACACACAGGAUUUAUUUUGACUUAGAGAGCUGCUUAUACAAUAUAUCUGUGCUGGGGCAAAAAUUUUGCUCAAAUAAAUGGUACAGGGCCUUUAAGCUCCUUAUUCAUUGGAAUGAUCAGAGAUUUUUUCAGCCAACAUAAUAUUGUAGAAAAAAGUCCAAUAUCAGUUAUGCUGUUGUGGCCCUUAUUUAAAAAUAUUGAUAUGAUAUGAAUAUGAUAAAAAAUAUUUAUCAAUGUCAAUUUGGAUGGUUAAUUAUCUAUGUUAUAAUGUUUCCUCAUCACAAAUAUACCUGGAGUUGUGUUUUGCUUCAUUCAUACAUGUUUAAUACAAAUCCUGCAUAUUUAGGCUUAGUUCUUCUCUCAAACCGAAAACACACUGUUCCUGUCAUGUAGUAACGCAGAAAGUGCUGUUAGUGUUUUAAAGCUCUGUACACAUUCACUUAAAUCAUUUGGAUGAUUUUAGCCCUGAAAUUGCCAAUGUCAGUUAUUAACAUGAGAACUACCACUACAUGACAUCACAAGGUGAAACACAGCAUUUUGAGAUUUGGAGAUGUAGACAGACUAAUAAACCAGGAUUAUAACAUGUGUGAAUGAAACAAAGCACAAUUCCAGGUAUGUUUUUGAUGAGUUAAUAACAUUAUAACAUGGCUUAAAAUUCACAAGAAUCAAUUUCUGGAAUAUAGGACCUUUUAAGUUUGCACGUUAACUUUUUCAUAUUUUAUUGACUAAUACCGAUGAAAUAUAUUGUCUAUUCCAUAACACAUACAAUUCUACUAUUACUAUACUACAGAAGAGUCAAAGUGUAUCAAUAACGAUUUUGUACAAAGACGUCAAGGGCUGGGAUACUUUCUGUGAACAAAAGGUUCCAUUAUGGACAAAAAUGAAUCUUGAUAAUUUUUCAGAAUAACGGUUGUGAAUGUUGUAGUGUUCUAGUUUUCUUAUAUCACAAAAUGUAAUUAUAAAUAAAUAAUGCAAUGAUUGUACUGUACAAAAGUGUAUAAAAUGCACCAGUAAGAACCAUAUUAGCAGAUCAAACAAUGAUCUGUGAGGUUAUUCUGCGUGGAUAGUAAAUUUAAUGUGAUAUAUAAUAUUUUCAACAAUUUCAAUAAAUAUUUUCAAGAUUUGAGAAUUUCUUUUCACUUGUGGUGUAGCUAUUUUGGCUCUGGAAGAAAAAAUCCUAUUCAUUUUUUCCAUCUAUUUCAAAAUAAUUAUAAUGUUUAUAGUUAUGUAGGUUUAUCAGCUAUGGUUAACUGCACUCAUGACUACAAAACAUGAAAUGAAUUGAAAAUUUGCUUCCAAUUUUAGAACACAACUUUCUGAAAAUACCUUAUUGUGCAUUUUAUUAUUAUUUACAAUUAGACAUUGUAUUGUAAGUUCUGUUUUGUUUUUGUUUUUUUUUGUUUUUUUUUUCUUUUAAGACAGUGCUGACAUAUAUAAAGUGCCCUGUGUGGAAUAAUGAACUAUGCUGUGUAAAAGUAUUGAGGAAUGGAAAAGGUGUAAUUGAACUGAAGUGUGAAUGUAAUUUUAUACCUAAUAAACUUUUGAAAUGA